AUGUCAACUACUCAAAGAAGUGAGGGAAUGAAUGCUUUCUUUGAUGGAUUUAUCAAUUCUAAUACCACACUUCACCAAUUUGUGGUUCAAUACGACAAUGCCCUCAGAAUGAAGGCCCAAAAAGAAAUACAAGUUGAUUUCUCCUCCCUCAACACCACAGUUGCAUGUGGUUCUCAGUCACCAAUCGAGAGAGAAUUUCAACUAGAGUACACACAUGCAAAGUUUGAGGAUGUGCAAACAGAGUUUCGGUCAAGGAUGAAUUGUUUCAUCAAAGAAACCGUAAAAGACAACUUCUUCAACACUUACACAAUAAAAGAGGAGCGCAUGUGGGAGGGUAAAUGUGCAGAUAAAUUUUAUAAAGUGCAAUUUGAUCCACUCACAAAAAAUACCACCUAUUCUUGCCUAUUAUUUGAGUUUAGAGGCAUCAUUUGUCGCCAUUGCCUUUUGUUAUUCGGUCAGGAAGAUGUUUACAGUGUAUUCUCAAAAUACGUUUUACGGCGGUGGAGCAAAAAUAUCCGUAGAAGGCACACUCUCAUUAGAGCAGCGUAUAGUAAUUCCAAUCAUGAACUGGCGAUGCAAAGAUACCAAAUUUUGUGCAAACGAUUCUAUGAAAUAGCUGAGGUAGCUUGUGAGUCGGAAGCUGCUUCUAAUGAGUUGGAAAAAGAACUUCGUUUGCUGGGUAAAAAGUUUGGAUGCAAUUCAUCCAUGACAAAUAACAUCAUUAGUGAUGGAGGUGAACUACGGUAUGACAAUCCGGUCACCGGUACAAUACCCGACACUGCUGGUGCAAGUGUUGAUGUACAUGUCUGUAGCCCUUUAGCAGUGAAGCAAAAAGGACGACCACGCACCAACAGGUUAAAGUCAGUCGUUGAUAAAAGAACCAAAAAAGGGAAAACUGCUUCAUCCAAAAAACUUCAACACCAUUCGUACAAGAUUCUAUGGGGAACCCUUUCUCACUUCCAUGUUGUCCAUCACGUGCACAUCCAUUCUCUGAACAUUCCAGUCAUCACCACCUUUUUGCUGCUAGCCUGCUUCCGUGAAGACCACUGCUACUGGCUGGACCGUGAGCUGCUCUGUAGGCCAGAGCUGGAGCUUGAAGUUUGCUGCCACCGGGAAGUGCUGGAGCUGGCUUCUUCAAGUGUUGCGUGA